AUGAGGCAGGGCGAUGAGAUACGAGCUAUCCAAGAUGGCAAUCGUAGAUGGAUUACUAUCCUCGCGUGUAUCUGUGGCGACGGCAGCUUGCUGCCGCCAGGUAUCAUCUACGAGGGCAAAGCUGGCAGUUAA